AGAAGUUCUGUGUUUCAAUGUGCUGCUAUAAAAAUAGCUUUUCUUUGUUUUCUUGAAUUCAGACAAAAAUGUCUAAGUUAGGGUUUAAUAACAAGCAAUAUGGUUUAAUGAAGUUGGUGUUUGCACUGGCAUUUGCAACACUUGUAGGGAUCGCUCUCUUUGCCCGUUUUCUUGGGACCUCUUCUUCUUCCAUUUCUUUUACUUAUCAAUCCAUUGCAUCCCUCAACAGGGCUGUUGAGAAAUCUGCAGAUAAUAAUGUAGCCAGUCACAAUCACACCAACCAAGACCACCAGAAAGAAGGUUCUGAAGAUAAAAAUGGCAAUGUAGAAGGGAGAGUCUUCUCUGCCACUUUUGCUGAUUUACCAGCACCGGAGUUAGAAUGGGAGCAGAUGCCAUCAGCACCUGUGCCUCGUCUUGAUGGUUAUUCAGUGCAGAUCAAGAACCUUCUUUAUGUAUUUGUUGGAUAUAGAAACCUUGACCAUGUACACUCUCAUGUUGAUGUAUACAAUUUCAGUGAUAAUACAUGGUGUGACAAAUUUGAUACCCCAAAAGACAUGGCAAAUUCACAUUUGGGAGUGGCAACAGAUGGGAGAUACGUGUACAUUGUCUCGGGACAAUAUGGUGCUCAAUGCAGGACAGCCAUAACUAAUUGUUUUUCACUGGACACUGAGACAAGGAAAUGGCACCGAUUGCCUCCAUUACCGGCACCAAGGUAUGCACCUGCAACUCAAUUAUGGAGAGGCAGACUGCAUGUGAUGGGUGGCAGCAAGGAAAAUCGCCACACACCUGGUGUGGAUCACUGGAGUAUUGCAGUAAAGAAUGGAAAAGCAUUGGAGGAGUGGCGCUCUGAAAUACCCAUUCCCCGUGGAGGACCACAUAGGGCCUGCAUCGUGGUCAAUGAUCGGCUUUUUGUCAUUGGGGGUCAAGAGGGUGAUUUCAUGGCUAAACCUGGGUCGCCUAUUUUCAAGUGUUCUCGAAGGAAAGAGGUAGUUUAUGGCGACGUUUAUAUGCUAGAUGAUGAAAUGAAGUGGAAAACUUUACCUGAAAUGCCAAAACCCGACUCCCAUAUUGAGUGUGCUUGGGUAAUUGUCAACAACUCAAUUAUCAUCACUGGAGGUACUACAGAAAAACACCCAAAUACGAAAAGGAUGAUGCUGGUUGGAGAGGUGUUCCAAUUCCAUUUGGACUCGCUGACAUGGUCAGUGAUCGGAAAGCUUCCUUUCCGAAUAAAGACUACCCUUGCUGGUUUUUGGAAUGGCUGGUUGUACUUUACAUCAGGGCAGCGUGACAGAGGACCAGAUAAUCCACAGCCAAGGAAAGUCAUUGGAGAGCUGUGGAGAACCAAAUUGCACUUGUGAAUCAAUUUGUCAACCUGGCUACUCUUCCAACAAUAUUACAGCUCUUACAAUUUUGACUUUGCCUUCUUCCUAAAAUUGAAAAGGCAUUAAUUUAUCCUCUUUUGGUGCAUUUUCAAUAGCACUUUUUGUACAACCCAUUUACGCAUUUUACGAUUAUCAAUAUCAUUACACUUUAUUGUUUUCA